AUGGCGCUGAGUUGCAGCAUGUCGCUGCGGGGACCUCUUGGUCUACUUGCGCUGUUCGCAGCCGCUGCGCUCGCUAACCAGCUAGAGGACAUACCGCAUAAUGAAGUCAAAAACUGGGCUUUAAAAUUCGGUGUAGAUCUCUGGGAGUUUGGACGACAUUUUACGAAAAUGAAUCAAAUACAAAAUAAAUAUCACGAAUAUAACGUGGAUGUGGUGCGCAAGGAUGGGCUACUUCUGGUUCGGGAGCUCGCUGCCGAGGUCAAGAACCACAUGGACUUCAAGAUCAACGCUGUCAUGGAAUGUGUUAACGAUGAGGCGGGCGAGUUGAGAAUUGAAAGUAGCGAUAUUGCGGAGACAUCGAGCGCGACGUUCCCUGCAUUAACAUAUUCAGCGGUGGCCGGUGGUGAAGUUCAGCACGCCUCGCUCCGUUCGUAUCGUAUCGCGCAACACAGCCCACGCCCGCAGAUACUCGUCUUCGCGAUUUGGCCGCAUCCACUGAUAUUGGAAUUCUUUUGA